AUGGCCCUUCACAGGGCACAGUACCUAUGCACUGGCAUGCGCAAGCUGCACAUCCAUUACAGAAUGCUCCUCCGCAGGGGAGUCAUUACUAUUAUCAAUAUCCUCAGGGAAACGUUGGUAACAAUUCUAAUCGAAGAGGGGCAUCCAGUAGUAGGGGUUCCUUUCGAUCUAGAGCUGGACGACAAAAUAGAUCAGCCAGAAAUCAGAGUGCAUUCACAGGUUCCUCUAAGAACGAAAAUUUUAAAAAGCAAAAGUUGUGACUCGAGUCGCGUGAGCACCGAGUUCAAGGCAGGCCAGUUAAUUCAGUUUAUCCAACAUUGGGAGGAAUUAGGCGCUCCGAAAUUCCUUAUCAAAAUAUUAAAAGGUUAUCGCAUACCUUUUCUCCAGAGGCCUCCGUUAAUUGUACCAAACGUAAAAAAGAGUGCCUUCGUCACUCCAAUUUCAUCAGAUAUGACUAUUCUUAUAAAUCAAAUGAAAAUACAGGAUGUUCUCGAAGUCGCGGAUUCAUCCCCAAGCUUUUUGUCAACAAUGUUCCUUGUGCCGAAAAGCAACGGCUCCUACCGCCCAAUUUUCAAUUUGAGAGCCCUAAACGAGUUUGUUUCCACAGAUCGGUUCAAACUAAUAAAUAUUUAUCGAAUACCAGAUUUUCUGCAACCCCGAGAUUGGCUAUGCAAGAUAGACCUUUCUCAGGCCUAUUACCAUUUAGCUAUAACCAGGUCCCAAAGACGGUUCCUCAGACUAAUCUACAACGGAGAAUUACUUCAAAUGACAUGUCUACCGUUUGGUUUGAGCACAGCUCCAAAGGUAUUCGCGUCAAUGACCAAUUGGAUCGCUCAGACUUUGCGAGAAAAAGGCAUUCGCAUCAUUGUAUAUUUGGACGAUUUUCUGUUAGCCCAUCAAAAUGUAAACAUUCUCAGAACGCAGGUUCAAGUGGUACUAGAGAGACUACAGUACCUAGGUUGGCAGGUGAAUUUCAAAAAAUCCGAGCUCAACCCUCAAAUGAAUCUAGUAUACCUAGGCAUUCAUUGGGACCCUUGGCUCAACCAAAAACGACUACCAUCAGAGAAGUAUCACAGUUUGUUGACCAAGGUGUCAAGCAUUUUGAGGGAAAACAAAGUGGGUUUAAAGUGCCUUCAAAGUCUGGUCGGCCAUCUAAAUUUUGCCAGUUUUGCAGUUCCAAAGGGCAGGCUGAACCAUCGGAGCUUACUAGAUCUCUUAAAUUCAAUUCCAAAAACCUCAAAAAAGUUGUAUGUUAUACCAGCAGAGGCACAAAUGGAUUUGAAAUGGUGGCUACAGAAUUACCGGACCUCAUCACCGAUUCACAUCGAACCACCAACUCAUUUCCUAACCACAGAUGCUUCCGAUCUGGCUUGGGGCGCCCAGCUGGACAGUUUGUCACUGUCAGGACCAUGGAACAGGCAGGAGGCUCAGUUGCACUGCAACCAAAAAGAAAUGCUUGCAAUAUUCAAAGUCCUACAAGGCCAUUAUCAGCUCCUGCAAGAUGCUACAGUACUUGUACAGUGCGACAGCAGAACGGUAGUUGCUUACCUACGCAACGAGGGAGGGACAAUAUCAAAACCCCUGACAGUCAUAACGAAAAAGGUAUUCGGGGUACUGGACGAGCACAAUAUCGUUCUAAAAGUUUUUCAUUUACCAGGGAAAUUGAAUAUUCUUGCCGAUCGACUUUCUCGGUAUCAAAAGACUGCGGAAUGGCACCUGGUUCCUUCAUGCACGGAGAUGAUAUUCAGAAAAUUCGGGAUCCCUGUGAUAGAUCUUUUUGCAUCGCAGACAGCACAUGUAGUUGCCAACUAUGUAUCGAUAGAUUUGAACGACAAGCAGGCAAUUUGUCACGACGCAUUCUCGAUCGACUGGAACUACCCUUUAGCCUGGAUAUUUCCACCACCUUGUCUGGUACCAAGAGUUCUUGCACACCUCAACCGGGCCUCCGGAAUUUUCCUUGUGGUAGUUCCUCGGUGGGACAGAGUUUUCUGGAGGGGAGACUUGAAAACGCGAGCAAUAGAGGCUCCGUUUACCAUCAGAAAUCUCAGUCACUCCUUAGUGGACACGUCGUCGGGCCGUCCACCUCCCAAGGUUCAGGAUAUAACUUUAGAAGUAUGGAAAUGUGGGGGUGGGAUCAAAACCUCCUAA